UGUCCCAGUUCCCCUCCCCCCCCCGCCGGCGGGGCCGCCGCGCUCCGGGCCCGGCUGAGGCCGCGGUGACGUCAUCGGGCGCCAUGGCGGGGGUGUCGUUCGAGGAGUUCUCGGCGCCGCCGGGGGCGGAGCUGGCGCUGGAGCCGCUCUUCGGGGGGAACAUUCUGGAAAGCGAGGGGGAGCCCGAGGCCCCGCCCCCGCCCCUCCCCCCUCCGCCCCGCCCCCACCGCGGGGGGAGUGGCCAGGAGGGGGGGGAGGGGCGGGGGGAGGGGCCCGAGGACCCCCCCGAGCUGCGGCGGCGGCGGCUGAAGCUGCAGGCGCUGGGACGGCGCUGCCGCGAGAUCCGGCAGGUGAACGCGCGGGCGCUGCAGCGACUGCGGCAGGUGCAGAGAGAGACACGGCGGCUGCAGCUGGAGCGCAGGUUCCUGAUGCAGGUGCUGGACUCGCACGGGGAUCGGUACCGGCAGGGGCAGCUGACGGUGCUGCUGCAGGACGAGGGGGGUCCCUCGGGGGGGGUCCCGGCCGCCCCCCCCCCCGGCAAUGCUGAGAACGAGCCCCCCCCCGGGGGGCCCCUCCCCCACCCCGCCCCUCCCCCCGCCCCUCCCCCCCCGGAGCCCCCCGGGCCCAAACGGCGCCGCCGCAGGGGGGGGGGAGGGGCGGGAGCCCCCCAGAGACCCCCCGGGGGCUGCGCGCAGCCCAAGGGCCCCUCCCCCACCUGGGCCCCCCCCAGCCCCCCCGAGAAGCCCCCGAGGGUCCCCCCCAAAUUCUGCGGCCCCGACUUCGACUGA